UGAGAGUAGGGAGCGUCCGGUUGCUCUCAUUCAUACCGACUAAAUCAGUUACAAGGCAGCAGCUAAAAACCUUUUUUUAAAGAAAAGAAAAAUGCCCUGUCGAAAGGAGAACUACAUCUUCUUGGAGCAAUCCGUCACCGUCGACUCGAAAGAAGUGGACGCGCUGGUGACAAAAAUCGGCGAGGCACUGCAGCUCCACAACAAUAGCGCUAGCCAAAAGACGAUGUCCUGUCUCCAUGGUCUCACCGGCGGCGGCGGCGGCGUCAGCGGCGUCAAACAGGCCAACAGCAUCAACAACGGCGCGGCGCUGCAAAAGCGCAACGGCUGCUGCAUGCGGCUCCGGAGCCGGGGACACCGAAGCAGCAGGUCUAGCCCGUACAACAUCCCCGGGUCUAGCGACCAGGAGUGGGACCAUAUUAAACCCUGGAACAAAACGAGGAUCGACGUCGACGAGGACGACCCGCAUCGGCUGCUUGAGGAGCUGAUUUUGUCGGGGAAUCUUAUCAAGGAGGCCGUCAGGAGGCUGCAGUUCUCCGCCGCGGACUGUGGGGAUUUUUCUAAGACCGCCGACAAUGUGUCGUGCUGAUCUGGGACAAAACGGGUUUUUUCUUUUCUUUUUUUUUUUAGCCUUUUAUAGCAGAGACCAUGCUAUGGACAAACGGACUAUUUAGCAACAAUGUCUAGAUUAUGAAUUAAAUGUCAUUGGCUCGGUAGAUAUGUUUCCCUUAUACAUUCGUUUAUUCGACUCGUCCCUUUUAGGUUACGUCAGUUUGGCUAACGUUAGCAAAUGGGGGAGCUAACGUUAACUCGCUGGCUUCGGCUAAUAGGCCACCCGGCUAGCGAGCCAUAUUGUUUAUGUUUGAACCUCUCCUUGUGGGUCAUGUUGUCGUCCACGCUAGGUGGGAGGUGUCUGCUAUUGUGCUUACAUCAAAUGUAAAAAAAAAAAAACUAGCCGUUUACCAAUUUGGCAGACCGAUGGAGAAAAGUCAACAUGGGCUUUUGUUUACAAUCUUCAGAUUGUUGGGGAGGUUUGGAGCCGCUGGGGAGGGGAAAAAAACAAAAACGACUGUCCCAGUUUCAUCUCACAUCAGGUCGUCGGAGGCGGCGUUCCUCUUUUUAAACCGGCGAAGAAUUACAACGACUAUCGGAACUGUAGUGGUGGGAGGGGGGGGUAAAUCUGGCGAGGGACUGAUUUGUUAUACGUGUUUUAUUGUUUAUAAUGUCUUGGGAAGGGGGGGGGAUGUCGGCCAUCACACAACACUACUUUGUGGUGCUUCACGUUUUUUGAAUUCCGACGAGGAGUUCAGUUUGUCAUUUUCUUUGUUUCUCUGUGUAAAGAAGAUCACGUUGAACACUUCGUAACGAAGUAUUUUAUAAUGUUCCUGAAUACUCAGGGCUUUUUCGGCGUCUUAAUAAACACAU